AGUCGAACGCUGAAGCGCGAGCUUCGUUCUAACCGGGGAUCUAGGGGAUUGAUUCGGACGCGCGCGCCUUUCAGUGUGUUCAUCAAUGGGACGUUUCCGGUGCUCGGGGUUUCUCUGUGACCCGUUCCGGAGUUUUUUUCUUUUUAAACUGAUCUGAUUACAGGCGGAUGAAGUGACCGGUGGAUUUUACCUGCGAGUGCGACACCCAAGAGAGAAAAUGCUGCCCAGGAUUCUGUUUCUUUGUUCCUUUAUAGCUUGUGCUAGUUUUCAUGAGGACGAGAGCCCCAAGGUUUCUUUUGGAGGAGCUUGUGAAACACUGUGCAUCUGUGAGGAGAAAGACGGAGUGUUGCAUAUAAACUGUGAGGAGAGACGCAUAAACAAGAUUUCUCAAGUCCAGGUACCUUCAGAUAGACCUUUCCACCUAAAUCUAUACAAAAAUGAUAUUGUGGAGCUGCUCCCAGAGGACAUGGAGGCUUUCAGAAAUGCAGUCACCCUGCAUCUGGGUGGUAACAGCAUACAAGAGCUAGUACCUGGAGUUUUCAGUGCACUGGGCUCCUUGAAGAAGUUGCACAUUAACAGUAAUUUCCUGGUGAUGUUGAAGGAAGAUACUUUUCACGGAUUGAUAAAUUUGGAGUACCUCCAGGCUGACACAAACUUUAUCCGAGUUGUGGAGCCUGGAGCUUUCAGCAAACUUGUCCAUCUCAAAGUCCUGAUCCUCAACGACAACUCCAUCGACUUCCUUCCCAACAACAUCUUCCGAUUUGUGCCGCUGACUCAUCUGGAUCUUCGUGGAAACAACCUGCAGACUCUGCCCUAUGUGGGCUUUCUGGAACACAUCGGCCGCAUUAUUGAGCUUCUGCUAGAAGACAACAAAUGGGUUUGUGACUGCCAGAACCUUCAUUUGAAGGUCUGGAUCGAGAACAUGCGAGCACAGUCGGCCAUUGGAGAAGUGGUUUGCAGCAGUCCCGAGCAUCUCAGGGGUAUUCCUCUGGCCAAAGUAAAGCGUGAUGUAUUGUGCCCAUCCCAUGCAGAUAUAAACUUUGAAGAACCUUCCAAGUCUCUGGACAUGGUUGUUACCCCUUCUACAAAGGUGCUCCAAAUACCAGACUCAAAAAAUGAUGUAAAGAUUCCCACACCGUCUCAUGUCCCAAAGACAUCCUGUGCACCACAGUGUUUUUGUCAUAACCAUCCUAACACUGGGUUCCUCAUGCACUGUGAGGAUCGGGGCAUCCAAAGAAUAUCGGAUCUUGGAAUUUUUCAGCAAAGCCCAAGUAAGCUUGUUCUAACUGGGAACAUGAUAGAGAGACUGCUAAAAUAUGAUUUCGUCACAUAUGACAGUUUGGAAUUGCUGAAUUUGGCGAACAACCAAAUAAACUAUUUGGACAAUGAAACUUUCCUCAGUUUGAGCAGUCUUAAAAAGCUGUACCUGAAUGGUAAUAGAAUAGAGAAGAUAACUGCAACUAUGUUUGUAGGCCUCCAUAAUCUGGAGUAUUUGUACUUAGAAUACAAUGCAAUCAGGGAGAUUGAGGCAGGCUCAUUUAACCCUUUGACAAACCUAAAGCUCCUGUUCUUGAACAACAACCAGCUCAGUGCUCUACCAGCACAAAUAUUUAGGAAUGUCCCCCUGGCCAAGUUGAAUUUAAGGAACAAUCUGUUCGUGCACCUGCAGGUCAGUAAUGUGUUGGAGCAGCUUGAAUUUCUGGAACAGAUUUAUCUUGAGGACAAUCCUUGGGAUUGUACUUGUGAUCUAGUCAGCAUGAAGCAAUGGUUGGAGAAGCUGAGAAAGGAAACAGCGGUAGGUUCCAUCUUGUGCCAGAGUCCCAAAAAGGUGCUUAAUUUUGAGGUCAGGAACCUAAAGCAUGAUGUUCUCUGCCCUGGUUUAGUCACCCAUAACUCUCUGCCUUCAAGUGAAUUAGGGGAUGUAACAACAGAAGCACCAGAUGGAGGCAUACACAGCUUUUUCCGAUCCUUAACGAAUGCAGUUCCUCUUUCUGUCCUCAUUCUCUGCCUUCUUAUUCUUUUCCUUACCAUCAUCUUCUGCUCUGCUGGGAUCAUUGUAUUUGUCUUGCAUCGCCGGCGCAGGGAUUCAAAGAAAAAGCAAAACGAAGAACAGCCUCGUGAGAACAGCCCGAUACACCUGCAUUACAGCAUGUAUGGCCAGAAAACAACUCACCACUUGGCAGAGAGGCAUGACACAAACAUGUAUGAUGAAGCUUCCCGAAGUCCAAUCAUUCAGGUUUGCAGGAACCCCAGCUAUUGUUCACAGCACAAAGACUAUGACACAGAGGAUUACGACGCAGAGAAACCAAAACGGUUUUGCCACAGCAUCAAGGAUAAAGAGAAUGGCUCCCCUCUUACAGGGUCAAUGAAGUACAAGGCAGUGUCCCACGAAUAUCCUGCUGAUUUUGUUUCUUUGGGUGACAAGGGAUCUUUGUACAAAAACAUCCUGGAGCGGGAGCGUGAACUCCAACAGCUUAGCAUCACAGAAUAUCUCAGGAAAAACAUCUCACAGUUACAGGACGUGCAAGUGCCCAGUCAUCAUCAAGAGCUCAAACUGAUGGAGACACUUGUCUACUCCAGGCCGAGGAAGGUUAUGGUGGAGCAGACUAAAAACGAGUACUUUGAACUGAAAGCUAAUCUACAUGCCGAACCUGAUUACUUAGAGGUACUUGAGCACCAGACAACUUUUAACUGAGAUGCAGCACACUGUAACACUUUACUAUCAUACCUGCUUCGAGAGAUAAUACCCAAAGUGCCUUGAUGAGUUUGAAGCAGACAUAAAGUCUUCAUGAACAUGGUCAUUUAGCAGGACACAGAGGAGUGGACGUUACUGAAAAGAAACCUUGACCUACUUUUCAUAAAUGUCAAAUGAGGUCAUUGGCUAGUCUAUUAAGUCUUGACAAUUUGCCAUAAAUAACAUGUGCCAUUUGUUAAACGCAGCCCCUUGCAGUCUGGUAAAAUAGGUCAAAAUUGGCAAAUUGUCACCUCGUAUACUCUUAAAAAUUUAAAGCCCUUUUUCAGCAUUUUUCCUUACUUCCUUUUGAGGGAGUCCUUAAAGAUUAAAUGUAAAUCCUACUAUUACUUUAAAGACAGAGUAAAGACAGUAGUUCACCUUGAUAUAAUAAUCAGCAUGAUCAUGGAUUAGAUUUUGACCAAUCAGUGUUUGCAGUUGCUUUUAGCUUCACCCCAUGUCCCAACAUGACUCACAUGGUAUCUUGGCAAGUAAGAAGGGUAACAAAAUGUAUUAAUGGUACAUCAAAUACAAUUUAAUUACAAAACAA